AACAACAGGAACAGCUCCCAGAAGCCAGUCACGGCUGUCUGUCUGCCCAUCCACUCAGGACAUCUGUAGAUCUUCCACCCUGAAAGAUUUGUCAGAAGAUACUUUUGAGCAUUCCACCCCUGUCAUGGUACUGACUCCUACUUGUAGGGAGUCUAGUAAGAAACAAUUGAAACAGAGGUUUAGGCAGAGGAAGAGAGAGGCUUCUGAAAGAUAUGAGCAUGCAAAAAAGCAGAGAAAGGGGAAGAAAAGUAAAUUUCACCUCCCCAUCUCAAGUCCUCGAUGGAGAGAAUUCCAGAAAGAGAUGUCUGAUUCAUCUUCUACAGAUGAAAAUCAGUGGGUUCAGGCUCGGCAAAGGGCCCAAGAAAGAAGUAAGCUUCCCCGAAGAGGAAGAAGAAGCAAUAACAGGACAUGCAGAAACCUGGAUGGGUCCCCAGCUUCUAACACCAUUGAGGUUGUCCAUCUAGGGACCAGAGAUAAAGAGGAGUGGACAGAAUAUGACAGCUGCUCUUUAAACCACCAUAGGGGAAAGUCCAAGAGAUACAAAGAAUACAGUCUUUCACCAACUUUACAUCUCCUGAGGAAAAGAGUUUCACAAAAGACCUUGGUGGAAAUAGAAGCCAAAACCACUUUGGAGACCCACAGUCUUUGGCUUAUCUCAGGCCAAAUGAAGCUCCCAACGAAACUUUUUCAGAGAGAUAUUCAGGCACAGAGACAAUGCCAACAGUUUCAUGGCUGGAAGAACCAGUGGCUACAAAGACCUGUGUAACUAAUACUGCUCAGGAGCAUCCUGCCCCAUAUGAUGACAGGUGUGAUGAUGAUUCAGAAGUGUGCAGGAUCUGUCACUGUGAGGGAGAUGAUGAGAGCCCCCUUAUCACUCCAUGUCGCUGCACAGGAACUCUCCGGUUUGUUCACCAGGCCUGCCUGCACCAGUGGAUCAAGAGUUCAGACACCCGCUGCUGUGAGCUCUGCAAGUAUGACUUCAUCAUGGAGACCAAACUGAAACCACUCCGGAAGUGGGAGAAACUACAGAUGACGACAAGUGAGAGGAGGAAAAUAGUCUGCUCUGUCACAUUCCACAUUAUCGCUAUUACCUGUGUCGUGUGGUCACUGUAUGUAUUAAUAGAUCGGACGGCUGAGGAAAUCAAGCAAGGCAAUGACAAUGGUGUCCUCGAAUGGCCAUUCUGGACAAAACUGGUUGUGGUGGCCAUUGGCUUUACAGGAGGCCUUGUCUUCAUGUACGUACAGUGCAAAGUCUAUGUGCAGCUGUGGCGCAGGCUGAAGGCCUACAACCGUGUGAUCUUUGUGCAGAACUGCCCCGACACUGCCAAAAAGUUGGAAAAGAACCUCCCCUGUCAUGUGACCACAGACAUCAAGGAUGCCGUAGUAGUGCCCGUGUCACAAAUGGGUACAAAUGUACUGCUGACCACAGAGGGUGGAACCCCAGAAGUCAUACCAGUCUGAUGGAACCAGCUGACCUUGUUUUACCAGAGUCUGAAAUGCUUUCUAGCCCUCAGUGACUAGAGAGCAGAAGUGAUCUUGCAUUGUUUCCCCACCCUAACCCUAGCUACCAGCUCCUUACCUACCUUCCAACAAAACAAAAGAAAACUGCAUCAGAUGAAAUGGGACAAGUACAGCAAAUGACCAGGAUCCCACAAAGCUGGGCGGGGGGGGGGGG